GGGACCAUGUCACCAUGGGUACCUCUCUCUCGUCACUUAUCAUAAGCCAACCAUCUCCCGUCAUACACAUACGCUGCCACUUGCCUGCGGAUACAACAUCCUCAAAACCACUCACUUCUAAACCCCCCAGGUCGCCACCCUCCAACACCGCCAAGAUGAUGAUCAAAGUGAGAACCCUUACGGGCAAGCUGAUCUCGCUCGAUGUCGAGCCUACCUCCAAGAUCGAGGAUGUCAAGAAGAAGGUCGAGGAGAAGGAGGGAAUCACACCCGAUCAGCAGCGACUUAUCUACGGCGGAAAGCAACUACACGACCAGUUAACCAUGACGGAAGCCGCCAUCGUUCCCGACGCAACUCUGCACUUAGUCCUGACCCUGCGUGGCGGCUGCUGCUGCUGCUAGACACCUCCCUCCCUCCCACCCCUUCCGACCCUCCCUCUGGAUUCUAAACUCCCAACUCCCAACUCCCAGCUCCCAGCCACGUAUCUGUCACAUUGCGCCCUCGAUACCUACCUAGGCAGCCGUCACACCUCCUACUUCUUAUAAGAUAGAGUCUGCAGUAGUACCGGUAGGGAUGACAAGGUCUACUACGGCGUUUAUGCGGGAAAUAAUAGUGCUGCCGUCGGGAAAGAUCGUGGAUAAGCCUGCGCAUAUUGGAACUUAUGCUCUCUGCUGUUACGGAAGACUCCUGUUCCGCUAGGUAGACUUGGUUGGCAUCGCGGAAUUGCCGCUACCUAAUAGACCACAUAAGUACACGGACCCACGCACCUAGAAGUAGCGUUCCGAAUUAAGAUGAACUACAUGAAUCUUGACUACUGAUCCAGCUGUGAGCCUCCGUGCUUGGCUUUGCCGGCCGAGAUAUAUAUCCCGCUAUUUUGUCAGUAAUCUGGCUAUUUCUAGCCGUGACAGCACCGGAG